ACAAAAGGCCGAUAUCAAGCCGUAUAAGCUCACAUGGCCAAGCCUCAUUGCUCGUCGCGGUCCGGGCUCCUCGCACUGCCUCGUGGGGGAUCAGGACAGCCAGGGUACGGCACUCAAUCGUCAAGUAACGUUGUGGGAGACAUUGAUGUGCGCGCGUCGACUCACAAACUCAACCGCAAGGACAAUUCUGCCGAUAAGGGAGACACUCUUAGACCGGAAUUCAGUGGGGAUCCUGACUCGGAAGUGGAAAACAACAAGUUCGCCUUCUCGCCCGGCCAGCUGGAUAAACUCUUGAACCCUAAGAACUUCGGCGCUUUUGGCGCUUUUGGUGGAUUACGCGGGCUGGAAAAUGGUUUACGGACCAACGUGCAGAGCGGCCUGAGCAUGGACGAAACCGUGUUGGAUGGUAUGGUGAAUUUCAACGAGGCGGUUUCGCGGACCUUCGUGCCAGCACCCAAGUCUGCCUCUCCAGCCCCAUUGGCGCCAUAGCACAUAACCGGACUAUAAUUUCUCCACCAUUAGGGACUUUAUUCGAUAAGCACUUUCAGUGAGGAAAUAUGAACUGAUCUGGUGCUCCUUGAAGUUAGCCUCAGGAUGCGCCUGACUGCCCAAAUUUAUUCUAGCUCCAGCGUACUAGAAUCAGCGAAUAAAUACUUUAGAAGAAGACAUUC